AUGGACGUCUCGGUUGCGCGUCGUCCAUGGGAGGAACCGAGGACCGGCCAGCAGACUCCCCAGCCGCAUACUGCUGGCGCUGGCGCUGCUCAUCAGCAGGUUCAGAAACUGCCUUCUAUCUCGACGCUUACCGCCAGUAUGUCUCUCGGUAAUUUUGCCAAUGCUGUUGUUGUCCCUGCAGAAAAAUCCCCGGCACAGGCGUCCUUGAACACCGUCGAGCGUGACUCCGGCAAUUGGUCCAUGCCACAGAGCGCCCGCUCCUCCACAUACUCAAACACGACCAAUGGCACCAAUGGCACCAAUGGCUACGCCCAGUAUCCUUACAUCACCUCCUCCCAACACUCCCCAAAGCAUCGCCAGUCUCAACAACAGCAGCAGCAGCAGCAGCAACAACAACAACAACAACAACAACAGCCCUCAAACGAUCCACAGCCGCAGACUCCCUCCUCUGCUACGCCCUCUUCCCAACAACAGUCCCCAAGCUACUCCAUCCACCAGCAAAACGCAAUACUCCCCUCCAUCAACCAAAAUUUCGACGGCGGCUCGGCCCAGCGGUCCAAUGCUAAUUUCUCAGAGUCCCGUCGCAGCAGCAUUGAUAGUCGAAUGAACCAAGGCAUUGGUUCCUUAGCCAUAAACCAAGCCUCCCCCUACCACAGCACCAAUGCCUCUCAAUCGUCGAUUGUCUCCGGCCUGCAGCGUGAUCGCGGCAUUUCCGGUGAAUAUUCAACCCUGGCUGGCCAAAGGGGCCCUCGCUACAGCGGCGACCAACGCCACCCGCUCUCCCCUCUCGGCCCCAGGACGAGCGGCCAGGGUCAACACCGUUCCUUUCCCGUGCGCAGGACCGCGCCCGCCAUUUCCAAGAAUCCACACGCCGAGAUUUACAAUGCGGAAUCGCCCACGGCCGGCCAGGCUUACGCCUUUCCAGACCCCGACGUUGCUCGCUCGUCCGACAAGGAAAGCACUCGUGCGCAACCCUCCAGUCAGUUUAACCGGAGAGGCAGCACCACGGAGUCUCUAGCCAGCAGUGUGUUUACUACGGAUUCUACGCUGCCUCAUGGCCAACAAGGUUUGUUUUUUUUGGUUGUUUUUUUUUCUCUCUCCCUUUUUACUUUUGUGUGUGUAUGUGAAUCCAUUUUGCGCAUUCAAUGUUAA